AUGGAGUAUUAUCCUAACGAGCCCGCUCUCAGUUCAAGUUUAGACCGAUUCUCUUUAGCCUGGAAGAAUGACUCCUGUCCGCGACCCCCUCGCCCAUUCCCGUGCACCCUUCGUCCGUUUCGAGCCACUCGAUACCCAAACGCGAAGGCGGAGAUGGAGCGAAUAGACCAGAUAUGUGAAGAACUCUUGGAUCGCCUUCUGAAAUUGCGUGUGAGAAAUUACGAAGACCGGCCAUUUUAUCCCAAUGGAACUGCAAGGGACGUCUUUCGCAUGAACCAAGAAGGCCUCCAAGAGUUGUUCCGAUCGUUGAUUUUUUCCCAAAAUGCAGAGGUUGAUAUUGUGCCGGACUUGGUACGCCGAAUUGGACGAGGUUUUAGUACGAUUCUUGCGGUCGUGUUUCGCAUCCGACACCCCGGGGAUAACAACAUUCUGCGGCAAUUCACGAGUCUAAUCGUGCGCGAUAACAUCUUUUAUGACCAUCCAAGACUAACAGACGACGACCUCCCAAUAUCUCUUGCCGACGCCGACUCCCUCUUCCCUGGUCUUGCCAAUGAAUUUUUCGACACCCAAUUUCAGUUCUGCGCUGUCACACUACGCCGGAAGGGAGACGUUGUUUACCAGGGCUAUCGAUCUCAAUGUCCGCUGCCGUAUAAAAGGCAAGAGAGAAUCGGUCGGGGCGCUUUUGGCGAGGUCUAUAAAGUUAAGAUUGAACGGCGCCACCUCAGGCUGAGCGGAGACCGUACUGCGAACGACGAGCCGGCAUGGAUAGCGCGAAAGGAUUUCAAAAGACACCAAUCCUUUACCAUCGAACUAGAUGUCCUGAAGGAGAUUAUGGAGCAACCUCAGAAACACGACCAUUUGGUGAUGGUUCUUGCUAUUCUGCAACAUCACGACACCAACAGCCUGUUUUUUCCGCUGGCGAGUUGCGACCUGCAGCAAUACCUCACCGGUAAAUUCCGUGGCGAAUCCGGCAGCGAACUGCGAGGCUCUAUCACAUUGGCGCAGAAAGCCAUCGUUUUCAAACGAGGCGUGGCCCUGGCUGGUGCACUCGCAUUUCUCCAUGGAGGCUCGGGGGGCAAGGUUUGCCUGCACCUCGACUUGAAACCGAGCAAUGUGCUUGUUUUCGAUGCAUUUGAUAUGGAGAGAGAAAUAUGGAAGAUCACCGAUUUUGGUCUGACCCGAGUGAGGAAUCGGGAAUACUCGAGCCUUGCGCCCGGAGUUGAGGGGAUCUACCUACCGCCCGAGUGUGCCACUCCUAACGACAAGGUAACGACUCAUAGCGACGUCUGGUCCUUCGGUUGUAUCUUUUCGCUGGUCAUAACCUAUAUGCUGUACGGACCUCAGGGAGUAAACGACUUUACGCUCAAGCGCGGCGAGCGCGAGGAGGGCGACUAUUUCUACAUCAAGCCGCGGAACUCAACUCCUCGUGUCGCGCCCGCGGUGAUCGACUGGUUUGAUAAGCUAAGAAGGAGCGCAGUGGGGGAUGAAAAGGAAUCACGAAUGGUCCGAGAGUCGCUUGACUACCUGCAGAGCAGAGUCCUGCAUCCUAUCCGUCGCCAACGUGCCUCGGCGAAAGACGUUGAACUCGCCCUGAAGAGAAUACACAGCAACUUUACCCAAGACGCUCCUCCACGGUCCCCGACCUUGGCUCAAGAUCAUGUAGGUCACGUUUCACUUCUAGACCGACUGCUCGCUCGAAUGAGACAUCGAACGUCAGAGUCAGCAGGGACUCGACUGCAGAGCUUUGACUACGAUUUUGGGACGAAUGGAUUAGGAUUCAGGUUCGCCCCACUAGAUGGCGACUAUCUCGUCUUUUUCUCGUCGCAGAAGAUCUUGGUUUGGACGGUCUCUGAGAUAAUGAGGGCCUUGGGGCGGCGGUCGGAGAUGCCACCCCCGCAACCCCUCCGCAUACCCAAUGGAACAAUCAAAUCCUUUGCUACCAGCGCCAACGCUAUUUGUAGCAGUCUCGACGCAGAUAACUUUCAGUGUAUCAUAUACGACGUCGAGAGGUCGUCAGGAUCCGCACGUGUUGGUGACGGUGUGAAAGUUUCUUACGACCACAUGGGAUAUAUCAAACGGGUUGCGAUGUCUUCAGACGGAGCUUUCACUGCAUUCAUUAUGACGGACAGGCCAAGAGGUUCAGAAGCCGAUUGUAGGAUCUACCUCGCCUACACUCAACAUCUAAUGGACACUGCAAACGAAGGAAACACCUACUCCGUCCCUCGCACAAGCCGUUCGAACUCGGUUUCUGACAGCUCCCUAAUGUCAAUCACCACGGCUGCCAACCUUAUUUUCGAGAAGGUGGCGGUCGGCCCCGCGGCGCAAGUACGAUUUUUGGAUUUUACGCCGGACGGGAAAUUCCUAGUGAUCAUCACUCAAGACGGUUCUCGCGGAUUCUCCAUCAGGGCUUGGGAAACCUAUAGUGGAAGAUGCUACAAAGACUUCUCGGUCGCAAUCGAGACACCUUGGGCUUUUCGAAACCUUUUCACUACGUGUUGUUUGUUCGUGACGAAAGCGGCCGAGCCUUGCUUAGCCGUGGUCUCCGACCAUCGUCGAAUCCUGCACGUCAACUUGGCGAAGCGGACGUACAAUGACAGACGUCUCAACAUCGAUGUCGACAGUAUGUUUGUAUGUCACGACGGGCAAACCCUUGUUUUGAUCGGCAAGAAUAAUGGGCUGCGGGCCUACUUAUUGCCCCUUCAUGCCCUAGACCGAGCCAAUUUCAUUGGGAUCGCAAAAAUUAACCGCUUAUCCUACGCACCCGCCCUAGAUGAUGCCGCGGUGACAAGAGAUGCGGAUGACCAGCUGAAGCUGCUGAUCGCUAGUUCUUCUGGGUCGUUUCUUGAGAUGGGUAUCGCCGCUGAAGUGUGA